GUGGAUACCUAAGGUCAAGGAUUAUCACCGCUAGGCUGGCAGAUCUGAUGGAUUUUUCUGCGGACCUGGACUUUUCCAUCUGGGAUUGUAAAUACACUGCAGAUGAAAUCAGUUGUCUGAGAGAUUCUUCCCCAUGUGUUUUGUACUUUGAUCCUCAAAAUGAUGUCAUCAAUGAAAAAUAUAAUAGUCAAGUACGAAACAUAUUGGCUGCAAAUGGUCAAGUGGAGAUCCUUGGAAGUGAAAAACAUACAUUGAAGCUCCCGAUCCGAAGUGAAUUGACCCCGACUGAUGCAGAAUGGGAUGCGAUGGUGCAGAAAAUAAUGGCUUCAAAUGUGAAUGAUGAUCUUGGUCAAGAAGUGAGUGAAGAAAGAAUGCAUGAAGGAUUACGGGCUCACUUGAAAGAUCCCUCUCCUCAAAGUGGUGAAAAGGCUGUGGAUGAAAAUAUGGAACCUAGAGUAGUGAGUGUAGUAAAGACACAAGGUGGGAUGCAUAACAAAACUAAUGGGAGUUUAGGGGAGGAUUCAUUGCCGGUUCGAUCAAACCACAAGGUGAGUGACUAUGUGAGAAAAACUCAUAUAAAAAUUGAACCACAAGAGGAUGAUCAAUUUGAGGCCAAUAACAAUUCAAUUUUGUCAUCUAUAAAGUCAAGAAGUGGGGUAUUGUUGGAAGAAGAAUGGCCGUUGUUUGUUAAGCUUGAGUACAUUAAUGCGGAAUUGGGAUCAAAAUCGCCUCCUAAAAGACAAAUGGAAUGGUGCAAGCCAAGGCGUGGAGAAAAGUCUGCCGUCAUUGACUUCGGAAACAAGAAAGAAACUCAUCUAGCAUUGGGCAAUGCAAAUAAAACUCUUGUUUCUGCUCCUUUGCAGAGUAAAAGCAUGACUAGUGACUUGCCACUCAUGAAGGAGGGCGAGAUCUUGAUGGUAGUAACACAUUCCAAUGCAAUUCUAAAAAAUGAUGUUCAAGCUCCCUCUCCAUCAUUUGCUCCAUCGGAAAGCAACCGAGAGUUCAAGGGAAUGACCCGGAAGGAUCUAAGGGCCAUUGCAAAGUUACACAAGGUAAAAGGAUGGUAUCGCCUAAAGAGGUCAGAUUUGGAACAGAACUUGCACAUCACUUUGCAUGCUAAAAAUUCUGGCCAUAUAUAAUAUACACCAGUCUUUUGUUCUUUUACUGAUCUGGAUGAUGUAGUAGCCCAAGAAGAUGGAAACUGGGAAGAAGAAAAUGUUACUUCAUGUGAAUAUUGUUUGUGAACAAUUAC